CUGGCCGCUAGGCAGGCUCCGCCUUCUUUGCGCUGGACGCAGCCUCCGGCCUGGGCCUCCCAAGAUGCAGCGCGCGGGCGGGAGGUUUGGAGCCUCCUGGCGCUGAGCGGUUUUGCGACGUUGGGGACGUGGCGGCUGCGGUGUGCUGGAGCCUCACACGCUGAGCUCUGCCUACUGGAUGGCAGUUUCCCUCAUUUCAUUUUUAGGUUUAGAAGCAUCAACUGGAAUCGAUUUACAUUUGAAAAUUGGACUUGAUACUGUGGCUUUACUAGCAAACAAGCAAUGUCAUCUAAUGAACAAGAAAGGCUCUUCUGUUAUAAUGGAGAAGUCCUUGUUUUUCGUUUGUCUAAAGGAAAUUUUGUAGAUGAAGGGCCUACAAAAACAACUGUGUUACAUGUCAGAAGAAUGGUAUUUGACAGAGGAACAGGAGUAUUUGUUCAGAAAUCCACUGGAUUCUUCAGGAUAAAAGAAGAAUACUCUCAUUUAAGAAUUAUAGGUUGCAACUGUGUUUCAGAUUUCAGAACUGGAAUUAAUCUGCCUUAUAUUAUGUUACAGUGCAUUAAAAAGAGUAACGUUUUCAGAUAUUUUCUACUAUUUCUUCACAGUACCAAUAAAUUUGAAAAGCGUUUGAGUUUUAGCCUACACUGUGAGUUGAAGGACAGCAUAAGGGUCCUUAAUGGCCCUUUAGUUUUAUGGAGACAUGUCCAAACAUUCUUUUAUAUCUCUUCCCAAACUGGCAAAGUUGUUACUAUGUCCAUUAAGUUUUCCUCUAUUGAGUGGGCAGGGGAGAUUGCAAAUGUAGGUAUGGUUUUGUUAGGACGAAAGAGAUGUAACUUAUCUGAGGAAGGAUGUACCCUACAGCCUUCAAAAUCAGAUUAUGCAACUUGGAAUACUCAAUUUUGUGUAUACUCGCUCGAAAGGGAAGAAGUAAUAAGUGAUACAUACAUUAUCCCUCCUGUUUAUACCAGUGUGAUAACAUGUGUGCAUGUCUGUGCAACUGAGAUUGUCAACAACCGGUUAAGAAUGUCGCUGAUUGCUCUUACUCAAAAGAAUCAGCUGAUUUCAUUCCAAAAUGGGACUCCUAAAAGUGUGUGCCAGCUUCCGUUUGGAGAUCCUUGUGCAGUUCAACUUAUGGAUUCAGGUGGAGGAGACCUCCUUUUCGUCAUAUCCUUUAGGGCCAGUGAUGCUUGUGCUGUUUGGGAAAAGAACUUUCAGGUUGCUGCUAAGUGGGAGAAAGUUAGCUCAGUACUGAUAGAUGACUUUCUUGGAACUGGAACUGAACAAGUACUGCUACUUUUUAAGGACCCCUUGAAUUCAGAUUGCCUCAGUUCCUUUAAAAUAACAGACCUGGACAACUUAAACUAUUCAAGUGAAUCAUUGGAUUACAAUGAAGAUGACUUAUUUGACGGCAAAGAGAAUUAUUUGGUGGUUCCACCUCUGGAAAGAAGAUUGAAAGUUGGUUUGGUUUCUGUUCAGGAAUUACAGCAGCAUCUCUUGCUUAAGGAAAAAAUUAUUUCAAAAUCUUACAAGGCUUUAAUGAACCUGUUUCAAGGGAAAGAUGAUAGUACAUCAAGUGCAGAGGAGGAAUGUCUUGCCACUCUUUGUGGUGAAGAAGAAAAUCCUGUCUAUACCUUUGAUGAAAAGUUAUCAGAUAAUUUUCAAGAUUCAGAACAGCUAGUAGAGAAGAUAUGGUAUCGUGUAAUAGAAGAUAGCUUGGUUGUUGGAGUGAAAACCACAUCUUUGAUGGUGUCCCUGAAUCAUGUGACUUUAUCGCUGUCAAUGGAUCAAGCCCCUAACUCCAGCUUUCUGCUCAUUAAGUGUCAAAGUAGGGUGAUCAAGUUGGGUAGGAAAUCUUCCCCAGUACCAGGCUCAGUGCCAUAUGAAAUAGGAUCAGAGGUAAAAAAAAUCAAGUUGAGUGUUGAUAGUGAGGAAGAGAAAGAGGAGAGCAUUGUUUCUGUACAACCAUCUGAGAAAGAGCAUGUGCAGAUCAUCACUGCUGUAACAUCUCUUUCGCCACUUUUAGCAUUCGGUAAUUUUUGUUGCACUGUGCUGCUACAGAUUAGAGAGAGAGAGAGAGGUAACCAUUCUGCAACUCGUUAUGUUCAGUGUGGCAGAAUUGCUUUAAGUCUAGAAGAUCUUUCAAGUGGGAAAUACCUGCUGACAUUUCCAAAGAAGAAACCUAUAGAACACAUGGAAGAUGUCUUCGCGCUUCUCGCGGCCUGGCAGAGAGCUUGUUUUCAAAUCAUAUCACCCAGCUAUGCUCUGACUUCAAUGAAGGUAUGGCUCUUAGAACACAUGGAAUGUGAAGUUAUCAAAGAAUUUCCAGAAAUUUGCUUUUGCAAAAGGCCAGGAAGCUUCUAUGGGACACUCUUCAACUGGAAACAAAGAACACCAUUUGAAGGGAUUUUAAUAGUCUAUUCCAGGAAUCAAACAGUUUUGUUCCAGUGCCUUCAUAAUCUCAGCAGCGUUCUCCCUAUAAACAGUUUCUUCAAAUAUCUAAAAUUAGGAAGUGAGGAUUUCCUAAUUGGUCAUUUGGGAUUAACUUUGGAGAAGGAAUUGGUUAUCCUUGGUUCUUUUUCUUCUGCCUUAGUUAAGGUUGAAAGCAACUUGGUGCAGAGUUGUGAAGCAAGCAAAGAAAAGACUAGUGGUGAUAUGGCUGCUUUAUCAGACAUAGAGGAAAGCAUCCAUGCCUACAGAAAAGAACUUCAGAGAGAAAAGAAGCAAAAGUUGGGGACGAACCUAAAACUCAGGCUGGGCCCUCAGUUCUGCAGACCGGCGGUGAGGAAGAGGACUAGACUGUAUCCGGACCUCACGCGCUCAGCUGUCCAGGCUGGCUCCUGACGUGGAGAUUCAAGGCAAGGAGCGGUCCUUCCGGAUUGGCCUUAGCACAGCCUGGCUGUUGGUACCUUUGUCCCAGCACCCUGCCCGACUGAAGGCUCUUCAUUUCAAGGCUUGUUUGUGUGAGCUAUUCAGAGAUCCUCCUGGAGGCGUUGGCCCUGCUGCAUUCCAUGACCAGGAAUCUUGAAUGUCACUGAGAGAAGUGUGAAGUUAAUGAGACUGAAUUCUACCUUUUAUGAAAAAUUUGGAAAGAAGUAAGGACUGAAUUGAGGUGUCACACCUGAAGAAUCCAUGAACUCCUGGAAACCGCUAUGCGCAUAGAAGAGAGAAGAGAGAAAAAACAAACACAAAACAAAACCCCAAACAAAACACAAAACAAGCCAACAUAAACCAGGUCCCUCUGACUUCUUCAGCCAGUGGCUCUACUUACGUGUCCCACCCAUUCUUCAGUCUUGUCUGUUCUUCUAUCCAACAAACAGCCUCUCGGAUCAUCAACUCCCCCUCAUUCCUCCUUCCCAUCUCCGGUUCCAGUCCUUGUUAUUUCACAUUUUACUUAUUACAGUUAACUGUCCAUUGGGCUUCCUGACUUUGCUUUUCUUCUGUUUUGUUUUCUCUGUCCUGUUGCUGAUUAGUCUCCCUAGAAAUCUGUUUUUGUCUUGA